UUGAUUUUUUUUUUGUAAUUUAUAACCAUUGGUUAUCAUUAUCAUCAAUUCAUAAUAAGGACCUAAUGAUGAUGGAAUGUUUGACUGGACAGACAACAGAUAACGAUCUGGACAUUGAUAAAUUAUCAACAGAAAUCAACAAUGGACAAUGUGAUAUUACCAACGUGAUAGUUUCAUUGAAAGACUUUUUGACAGUAGGUGAUGCUGAAAAACGUGCCCAUGGAAUGAACACUUUAUCGAUGAUAUUGAAAAAGGUUGACAGAAAAAUCUGUAGUAAAAGUCAUGUCAACUGUCUCGUCGAAUAUUUUAUAGCAAGACUUGGCGACAAAAGUUACGUGAUAGAACGAUCAAUUAUUGGACUCGACUCUUUGUGUCAUUUUGAGCAUUUUACUUUUCAAAUGGCUUCAUCGUUGUUUUUUGCCAUUCAAAAUGAAUUACCUAUCCAGAUGCUAAAACCUGAAUGCAAAUCAACGAUUUAUCAACUGAUCGAUUACUUAUGGCAACGUUUCCGUGACGAUUUCAUCAGUUUAGGAGCCAAUUUUGUAUACGGUUUUUUACGAAUCGUUGACACAGAAACCAGUCCAAUAUGUUUGAUGAUUAUAUUUCCACUGUUUGGUCAGAUAGCCGCUAUUUCAAGCUUCGAGAUGUUCAUGGAGGAUAUUUUCGAUUCGAUAGCUUGCUAUUUCCCGAUUAUAUACAACAGCCACAAAAAAGAUAAAUAUCUGGAAACCAAAAUCAAACUAAGCCAUCUUUUGAACGAAGCAAUAACGGCCAAUCCAAAAUGUUGUCAAUAUGUGAUGCCAUUGGCUCUUGAGAAAUUGGAAUCCGAAUCGAUUGAAUCGAAAUUGUCAUCAUAUCGGUUGUUACAAAUGGCUUUGCCCACCUAUUCUAGCCAGGACGUUGCUAAACAUAUGGCCGAGCUUUGGAUAUCCAUCCGAAUCGAUACGCUUAAACCGAAAAUCGAUGACGACGAAUUAGCAGACAAUGCAUUAGCCACAUUGUCCAAAUUGGCCGAUGUGAUUACACUAGAAUGCGAAUUUCAGACAACAUUGAUGAACAAAAUAUGGGCCGAUCUGGAGAUAUCAUUCAAAACGCCAGAAUUACAGCUUGCAUGUUCAUCUGGACGCAUAUUAAUUGCUUUCUCUGGCAAUCAUGUUUCUGUCUUCACUGACUUCUUUGAUCGAGUAGCGCCAAUUUCUUUACAAAGUUUCAUAUUUAAAACAGAUUCCGAUGGUCAGACACAUAGUCUUAUUUCGUUUUUAUUGAUGAUGAAACAUGGCCAUCGUAUUGGCGUGAACAUUCCGGCCAAAGAAGCCUGUGAUCUAAUGCGGUUAUUGAUAGAAAAUAGUCCGAAUAAAUCUAAAGAAUUACAGGAAUUGGUUAUUCGUAUUCUUAACGAAUACCUGUGGCUAUCUCGGUUCGACAAGGAUCACCUUAUGUUGACAAUCCACUUUGCCAUUAAUUGUGUUCGACAAUCCGGAUAUGAUUCUCAAUUACAGAACGCCUGUUUAUUAUUAAUCGAAACGCUUGCCCAACAAUACGAUGGGCUAAUCUAUGAGCUAUAUGUUGCCAAUAUCAUGCAGGAAAUCGAGUGUUCGACACUUGUCGAUGAGAGACAAAUGCUUUUCUUGCAAAACAUAUUGCGAAGUUCGUGCCAAUCAUCAUCAUCAUCAUCAACAAUCAUAUCAAUAGUCACUUUUCUUAUGGAUCGUUUAGUUCUUUUCACACUCAACAAUGUUGAUCAUCUUGUAUACCUUACCAAUAUGAUCGGUACAUUUCGGAUAUGUGUGAGCCGUUUAUCCACUCAACAAGAUUUGUUUUCGAUAGCUGAUUUUAACAAACUUUGCAUAUCUCGAUUCUUAAGGCUCUUGAUUCGAACUUGUUUCAUCGAAUCAACAACAACAACCGCGCCAUGCCCAAGCGAUGUGAUAAGACAAUUCGCCUCACUUUUCCACCAUUUUCUAUUAAAUUGUUCAUCAAAAGAUAUAUGGCAACAAAUUACUGACAAAGUAUGGAUGGCUUUCAAUAGCAAAGAUCUUCGUUCAUUGUAUGAACCAGAUCGAAUAUUGUCCAUCGCGGUGAAUAGCUCGGUAGAUAUUCAAAUCGAAUUAUUGCUACAUUUGGUCUAUUCAUGUCUAAGGACUUGUAAUGACAAUUCCUUGAACGUAGACUAUCUUGUUGAGCUAUUCGAUCAGAUUGUUUCAUUUGAUCUUACUGUUUAUAAUGAAGAAAUUGUUCAGUUGUUUAGCAUGUGUCUGGCCGAGAUCAUAGCCAAAUUGACAGAUUCUAAUAUUCUUUCCAAUUUAUUGACCAAACAUUUGGAAACGUUCGAAUCGUCAAGAAGCCAAUGCGAACCAAAAUACUAUUUGUAUCUUCAUUCGAUUAUUUGGAUGGCCAAAAGUCUAUUUCGAAUGGCAAACAAUAAACACUUGUAUCAAUAUGUUGAAAAAAUACUCAAUUCGCUCGAACAAGCAUCUAGCUCAACUCGUAAUGCUAUAACCGGACUGGCCGAUGUACUUUAUUCACAGAAUGAUUAUUGGCAAUCCAGACAUGAUAACGACACGUUAGUUUGUAGCAGCCGAUUCUCGUUGGAACUACAUCACGUAUUCUGUCGUCAUUACGAACAAACCGAUGAUGUGACCGUUCUUUACAUAUUGCUUUCACACCUCAAAUACAUACCUGUGCCUACCGAUAAAUACGUUCCGUAUAUUGUCAAAGGUCUGGGCGCUGUCGAUUCACCAACGAUCAGCCUGCUAUGUCUCAAUUUUCUGUCAAAGUACAUCCUUUCCGAACAACCAAAUUGGAUUGAACCUCAAGUGUUGACCGUACUUGGAUUAGUCAUCGAUUUGGCCAAACAAUCGUCUUUGUUGCAUGUUCGUAAAGCAGCAUUGAAUAAUAUAGCCGCAAUGAUCGAUUUGUUUGGCGAGAAACAUUUGAUCGGCUUACGUACACAAUACAUACAAAGUUUACGGCCAACACUAGCUGACCACAAACGAAUCGUACGAUGUAGUGCUGUGAAAUCAUUCUUUAAGAUGUCCAUAUUGGGACAACCCGGUAGCAAUAGGACACAUUAGGCGAUUUUAUUUUGUUUUUUAAUUAAUUAUUAUUGAACUGUGUUGUAAUGUUAUUCAGAAUAAAGAAUUCAAAAAAUGUUCAAUAAAAACUUUGCUCAUAAUGAA